AUGGAUGUUGCGAGGAUUCUUGUUAGGACUAAAUACUGUUUGGUGCUCAACGAGACAUACAAUAUCUCAAUCAAUGAGAAUGUCUUUAGGAUCAAGGUUGUUGAGGAUUCCCAUGGACACAUGAGGAUUACAACAAGGAGCUCAGGAACAGAGGUUUCAGGGAAAAGCGAUUAUUGGCAAAGCUCUGAAGAUGAAGAUGAGAGGAAAAGAGUGUUAUGGUCUGAAUUGGUGAAUCUCAAAAACAAAUAUGAUCAUGGUUGGUGGUGUGUGGGUGGAGAUUUCAACACUAUGAGAGAAAAUAGUGAAAGAUUGGGAAGGAACAAAGAGUGUAGAUCCACUGACAUGAACGAAUUCAAUGAGUUUAUUGAUGUUAUCGAACUCGUGGAUGUGCCGGCAAUAGGAAACAAAUUCACUUGGUCUAAUAAGGAUGGGAGCGCGAGAAGCAGGAUAGACAGGUUUCUAUUAUCAGAAGCUUUGAUCGAUAAUUGGAAGAUCAUUGGACAGAACACGGGCGAUAAAGAUAUUUCUGACCAUUCUCCAAUUUGGUUGAAAGCUAACGAUCAGGACUGGGGACCGAAGCCCUUUAGGGUGAAUUCUUGUUGGUUUGAAAACAAGGAGUUUAAAGGAUUUGUGGAGGAGGUGGAGGAAGCAGGGUUGAAGAGGAGAGAAUGUGAUGAAGCAGAUUUAGAAGAUGCAGAAAUUAAUCUCAAUAUGCUGGCUGCAACAAGGAAAGAAGAGGUUGACAAUUUUUGGAAACACCUUCAUCUUAAAGAGAGUUUAUUGAAGCAAAAGUCAAGGCAAAAGUGGUUAAACGAGGGGGAUCUAAACACCAUACCUGUAUGCCAAGGGUUGAGGUUCAAUCAAAUUUUAGAUAGGGAGAAGUUGCUUUUGGAGGCUGAUUUUUCAAGCGAGGAAAUUAGAGCAGCGGUAUGGGAUUCAGAUGGAGAGAAAAGUCCUGUACCUGAUUUAAUCAAUUUCAGCUAUAACAGCAUCAUUUUUAGCUUUGAUUCCAAAACACCUAACCCCCAAGGCCUUGAAGAAUUUCGGCUUAUUUGUUUAGUAGGCUGCUUAUACAAAAUUCUGGCAAAUCUGCUUGCUAAUAGAAUUAAAACAGUCCUGAAAGGGAUUAUCUCACCAUCUCAGACAGCAUUCGUACCAGGGAGACAGAUUUUGGAUGGUGUUUUGGCUUUGAACAAAAUUAUCGAUCAUGCAAGGAAAGAGAAGAAAGAAUGCUUCAUUUUUAAAGUAGACUUUCAACAAGCAUAUGACUGCGUCAAUUGGAAUUUCUUGCGGUCUAUGCUACUGAAGUUUGGCUUUGGGGAAUUAUGGUGUAGAUGGAUGGAAGCUUGCAUAUUUAAUAGUUCAAUGUCAGUAUUAGUAAAUGGGAGCCCAACUAAAGAUUUUUUGGUGGAGAGGGGCCUGCGACAAGGAGACCCGCUAUCGCCGUUUUUGUUUACUUUGGUGGCCGAAGGAUUAACAGCAUUAGUCCAUAAAGCAGCGGAGGAUGGAAGAUAUGAGGGUUAUAAGAUGGAUGAAAAUUUGGAAAUCAAACUCCUUCAGUUUUCCGACGACACAAUUAUGGUGGGGAAGGGGAAUUGGAAUAAUUUAUGGAGUAUCAAGGCUAUUUUCAGGGGUUUUGAAUUAGUAUCGUGUCUCAAGGUGAAUUUCUUUAAAAGUAAAAUAUACGGGGUGAACGUGGAUGAGAGUUUUAUGGAGGCUGCAUCCCAUUUCCUUUGUUGUUGCAGAGACUCUUUGCCUUUCAAAUUUCUAGGAAUACAGGUUGGUUCAAAUCCUAGAAGAUGUGAUUCUUGGAAUCCGGUGUUGGUUAGUUUGAAGAAAAAGCUGUCUUGCUGGAAAGCGGGGUUGUUAUCAAUUGGUGGGAGGGUAACACUGCUGAACUCGAUUCUUUCAAGCAUUCCAAUCUAUACCAUGUCCUUCUACAAGGCACCUGUCAAGAUUAUAAAGGAGAUAAUCAAAAUACAAGGCAGAUUUCUUUGGUGUGGUAAGGAAGAUAAAAGAUGUAUUAAUUGGGUGAGUUGGAAUAACAUUUGCAGACCCAAAGAAGAAGGCGGACUCGGUUUAAGACACAUAGGACAUUUUAACAAAGCCUUGCUUUGUAAAUGGAAGUGGCGAAUACUGAUGGAAGAUGAUACUAUUUGGAAACAUAUAUUGAAGGCCAGAUAUGGGAAUUUGCAACAAGCUGUGAUGUGCGGCAUUGAUGCUAAGAAGACUAAGAAAAAUUCAGCAUGGUGGAAGGAUGUGAUUUCAGCCAGUACUUUAAAAACUAACUUUGAUUGUUUUGCAGGUGGCUUAUCAGCUAAAUUAGGCGCAGGAGACAUUAUCUUUUUCUGGCAUAAUAAAUGGCUUGGGGAGGCACCACUAAAAUCCAUGUUUCUAAACCUGUUCAGGCUUGCUGGAAAACCUAUGGGAAAGAUUUGCGAGAUGGGAAAUUGGAACGUCAACGAAUGGAAUUGGAACCUGCACGUCGAGGCAGACAAGAUGCUAGAGGAUCCGAUUGCAACAGAGGAAGCCUUUAGUCUAAUUGAGUUGUUAACAAAUAUCAGGCCCAUUACCGAGGUGAAAGACAAGUUGUUAUGGUGGCUGAAUCAAGACGGAGUUUUUAAUGUGAAAAGUUGUUACAAUCUAUUUCGUGACUGUGAUUUGGAAGAUGUGGUGGAAACUCAAACAAAGCUAGCGCUCAAUAGGAUUUGGAAGACUAACAUUCCAUCAAGAUUGAAGGUUUUCGGUUGGAGGGUGGCGCUCAAUAGGUUACCUACAAAAGAUCAAUUUGUAAAAAGAGGGAUAAUUCGAAAUGAACAAGAACUUUGUGUAUUCUGUAAUGAGAAGGCAGAAGACCUUGAUCAUCUAUUGUUCAAAUGCAAGAUAAGUCAAAAGGUGUGGAACAACAUCUAUGUUUGGUUGGAUAUCAAAGACAUGAAGGAUUUUGUUGGUGUGCAUCACUUGAGGAAUUUCACUCAAGCCUUACAGGGGAAGAUAAAGAAGAAGAAAUUAUGCUUAGUUUGGUUAGCUACUGUGUGGACGAUAUGGACAUGGAGAAACAAGAUCAUAUUCAAAGGCGAUCGAAAUAAGUUUGUAUCAAAGUCUAAAAGUGAUAGUGAAGAUUAG